CUUAAUUUGUCAAGUGCGAUUCAAAAACCGUCUCAAAUGACAGAGAAAAGUCAAACUUUUCUAUUAACUGUUGCAAUUUUGGAAGGAAGACAUUAUGCAUGGUUGAAUAUGGACUCUGCCGUUAUUGUGAAAAUAGACAAUAAAUUUAAAUGCACCUCGGUGAAAAGAAAGACUGAUUGUCCGUUCUAUAAUGAGUAUUUCGUGUUUGAAUUCUAUACAACAUUCCAUGAUAUGAUUGAAAAACAGAUGUCAGUAACAAAUCUUCUUCUUCCUGAGGGAACAUUCACUGAACGUCAGAAAGCCAAAUAUAUAUUUAACAUUUACCGUGCCCAGUACGUUGUUGACAAACUCUCAAAUACAGUUGAGGAUUACAAUUUGGAGUUCAAGGAAAACUCCAAGAGUUCCGGACCUACCACUUUUGUUGAAAUAAUGUUUGCAGGGAUGGCAAUCAGAACUUCCACAAAAAAGCAGACGUCGUUUCCAGUGUUCAAUGAGAAGUUGACGAUAAUCGACUUAUUCCCACCGCUAUGUCAAAUAGUUCGAAUUCAAUUAUGUUAUGGAGAUACAAUUAAGAAAAAAGUGCAUUCAUCUAAAUCAAUCAAUAUGCAAUUGAUCUCAAAUAAUAAGAAUGAAGGUUUCUUACCAACUUUUGGACCAAAUCUGGUUCACCUGUAUAGGCAUAAUGAACUUGAAGGAUAUGCAGGUAGCAUUAUAAUGUCCAUGGAUACGGAAAUAGAAGAAGGUGUAAUGUCUGAUUCUAAGAAAAGUACAUUGGUAGAAUCUAUGCCACCACUGAUUGAGGACAAAUACUUCGUUUAUGAAGGAGUAACCUUGUUUUCAAUUAUUUAUGGAGUAACUGCUAUUCACAAAAAGUAUUCAAAAGAUCCAAUUUGCAUCAAAGUGACGUUUGGAAGAAUGAAUGUUCAACAAAAAUCAUCGGCUUCAGGAGAGCAGUUGAUAAUAAACUCAACUAUUCCUCAGAAAGCAAGGAAAAUGGGUAAAAAGUAUUUUUAUUUGGAAAUAAAUGAAAAUAAGCCUUGUCUCUGGAUCACGGAAAAAGUGCAAUUUUUCAAAAAGAGGAUAUAUAACUCCAAUUUCAUUUCCAGCAUAGCCAGAGAGUUGAAGAGUAAGUUAGAAUAUAUCGAAACACUGUUCUUAAGGCAUGACAUGAAACUAUUUUCCGAAGAAAUUGAUGCGAAGCUAUUAGAUGUUGUAGAUUUCAUUUCUGUGGCUGCAAAAAAAUAUAUUGACAUUGCCACUUCAUAUUCAGACGAUUAUCAAACAAAGUUAGACAAAGAAAGGAGAAAAAUGUGUCUACAGGUUAUGCAAGAUAUUUCAGAAAAUAUAGAGAGUAUAUAUCAAAAACAAUUCAAGAAACGAACUUUCAGAAAACUAGAAAAGAAAUAUAGAUGUAUAGAGGCUCUUUUGGAAGACGUUCAAGAUUGUUGGCCUGAUAUAUUGAUAUGGAUAGUACAUGGAAAAAAGAAGGUGGCUUAUCGUCGUAUAGCAGCUAGAGACAUUAUUUACUCACCUAUAACAGAAGAGAGAGGUCAAUUUUGUGGUGUUAAAAGGACACUUUGUUUUUAUGCAAAUGACAAGGAUCAUAAAAGUUUAUCAUUAACCCUUGAUGUUUCAUUAUUCCUCUGUUUGGAUAGACACCAAGAUGACUUCACGAGUGGAAUUCCAUCAGGGUUUGAAUUUGAUGAAGAAAUAACAAAAUUGCCAAAUAAAAUGAGGGCGAAAGAAAAAUAUGUAUUUCAAUUAAGGGCACACAUUUUUCAAGGUAAAAUCAGUUACGGUUACGACAAAACAGGAUUGGCUGAUCCAUUCGUGAGGAUAAUUUUCAACAACGAGGUGAAAGAAACACAGGUCAUUUAUGCUUGUUUGAAUCCAGUCUGGGACGAAACUCUGAUAUUCGACAAUGUUACAUUAUAUGGAUCCAAGUCCCAUCUAACGACAAACGUUCCGACGAUUUUAAUUGAGGGUUUCGAUCGGGAUGAAUUUUACAAGAACGAACUACUCGGAAGAACAGUGGUUCAACCGAAUAUUGUAAUAAAUGGGAAUACAUAUCUCCCUCCAAAACUGAAAUGGACAAAACUCUAUCUCAAUGAAGAAGUUGCAGCUGAAAUACUUGCUGCAUUUGAACUCAUAGAAUUGACAGCAAAAGACUAUCUCCAACCAGUAGAUAUUCCUCAUAAAUACAAAUUAGAAAUUCCAAUUGGCAUAAAACCAGAUUUGACACCUCAUAAAAUGGAAAUUUUGUUUUGGGGUGUGAGAGAAUUACGGAAAGUGAAUCUGUUUCACAUAAAUAGACCAAGAAUAUCUGUUUUCUGCGGUGAUGUGAGUUUGAAUUCCGAUACCAUUGAAAACGCAAUGAAAGAUCCAAAUUUCAAAACUCAAGUGAAGAAGUUAGAUCUG